CUAACAAGAGGCGUAAGCGUAAACUUGUCCGAAGAAUAACACCGGGAAAGAAAGAGAGUGAAGAAGGGUAUAAGCGUCCUUGUGAAGGCACUAGGGUGUUCUGAACUGAUCCUCUCCCUGGGUCUGGCACUGUAAAAUUCAACGUCAACCCCAUAAUAUACUUGAAGAAACGCUUCCAUCUUCUCUCUAUUUGUUUCAACUUCAGUUAUGCGUUUCUCUCUCUAGCCAGCCAUCAUCACUAUGUCAUCCCCAAACUCCGUCCCUCAGUCCCACGCGCCGCUCCUUCUCCCGCGCCCCGAUGCCGCCGCCCGCCUCCCCAUCCUAGCGCUCCUCCUCGGCCGCCGCGGCCACUCCGCCGUGGUCCGGGAGACGGCGGCGCGUGAGCUGGAGGAGCGCCGCGCCGACUGGACCUACUCGAAGCCGGUGGUGGCGCUCGACAUGACGUGGAACAUGGCAUUCGUGCUGGUCUCGGCGGUGAUGCUCGCCUGCACCGUCAAGGAGAACCCCAACACGCCGAUCCGCUGGUGGAUCUGCGGCUACGCGCUGCAGUGCCUCGUCCACGUGGCCCUCGUGUGGCUCGAGUACCGCAGGAGGAACGACGCUCCCAGGGACGAGGAAUCUGCUGCCAGCCUCCAAUACGACGACGUCAACGAUAGCGACGAGGACGAUGUUGGAACCUCCGGGAGUUCCUCUUCCUCCGGAUUCACAAAACGAUGUGCGUCAUUGAAUACCAUGAUUUCAUUACUUUGGUGGAUGGUGGGCUUUUAUUGGGUUGUCUCUGGUGGUGAUAUUCUGCUGCAAGAUGCUCCACGUUUAUACUGGUUGUCUGUUGUCUUUUUGGCAUUUGAUGUCUUCUUUGCUAUCUUUUGUGUUGUUUUGGCAUGCUUGAUUGGAAUUGCCCUCUGUUGUUGUUUGCCCUGUAUUAUUGCUAUUCUCUAUGCUGUUGCAGGACAGGAGGGUGCAUCAGAAUCAGAUCUCAGUAUACUUCCAAAAUACAGAUUUCAAUUGUUAAGCAAUGAGGAAACACCUGGUGAGGGAGGAGGAUCAAUGAUUCCUAUGGAGACCAGCAACGGUUAUUCGGUGAAUGAACGAACACUUUCACCAGAGGAUGCAGAAUGCUGUAUAUGCAUCUCUUCUUAUGAGGAUGGAGCUGAACUUCAUGUUCUUCCUUGUAACCAUCAUUUCCAUUCUACAUGCAUAGUGAAAUGGUUAAAGAUGAAUGCAACUUGUCCUCUUUGCAAGUAUAAUAUUCUCAAGGGAAAUGAACAGGUGUGACAAUACUAAAGGCGAUCAAAGAUAUAUUAUAUCAAGCUGAGUUUUAUUAUAUAACAGCUCAGGGUUUUCAACCGCUGAUGCGUAUAUGUAGAUAAUAUCAAGACAUGAAAAAAUAGAACGUCUCCCAAUUUGCUCGGUUUAGCUGUCAUUGUUUUGUUGCUUAAUUGCUUCAGUAGAGAAAAAGGUAGAGGUAAGAAGGAAAGGUGCCGUAUAGAGAUCUUUUAAAUAAGUUAACGAUUUCAUUUGAUCCUUAUUUCUCCUUUAUUAGUCAUUUGAAAAUCGUCAUAUUUCUUGUAUCAAAUUUGUUUAUAUGGGAGAAAACAAUGGAAAGUGUGGCAGUCUAACUUUCAGCUUAUUCCAGGAGUGUAUUUUAUGGUUCUUUGUUUGUUUGUUUUGGUAGAAACAAAGAUAAUUGCUUUA